AUGGCUACCGGAGAGCUGCGCCAGCGGCCGGCCGCCAAGGACGUGCCGGCCCCGAACCUGUCCGCCGGCGCAUCCGGCCAACAAGAAGAUACGAAGAUUGCACAUCCUUCCGGCAAAGAAAGGCACGGCACAGUCGUCUCCUAUCUCAGGGCCCUCACGUUCGCCGUGUACUUCACGAGCUCUUGUGUAGCUCUCCACAUCACGCAGUUCCUGGGUGCACCGCUGUACUGGCUGAAUCGCGACCUCUACUAUGCCUACAUGGCUCUGCCUAAGCAGUCUUUCGGUCUGGUGGUGACGACCAUGACCCACUGGUGGGCACCAACGACGAUAAGAAUAAGCGGAGAUGCGUCUGUGGCUGGUCAAUUCAGCUUGACGCCGGAUGGCCGCGUGCAGUGCUCCUUCCCGGAACGCCUAGUCAUGAUUGCAAACCACCAGAUCUACACAGAUUGGCUGUAUCUUUGGUGGGUCGGCUAUACGAAUGUCCCAUCCAUGCACGGGCAUAUCUACAUCAUUCUCAAGGAGUCGCUCAAAUGGAUCCCCAUAAUAGGGCCUGGGUGCAUGUUUUUCGGAUUCAUCUUCAUGUCCCGCAAGAUGGCUACGGAUCAACCUCGUUUGGCACAUCGACUUGGCAAGCUGAGGACAAAGCAUACAGAUCCUGAUGGCGAGGAGUUCCUGAACCCCAUGUGGCUGCUUCUCUUUCCAGAGGGGACCAACCUCUCCAAUAACGGACGAGUCAAAUCCGCCAAGUGGGCAGAGAAGAUCGGCGUCAAGGAUCCGGCGCACCUUAUGCUACCUCGCAGUACCGGUACUUUCUUCUGUUUGAACGAGUUGAAAGGGACGGUCGACUACGUGUAUGAUUGCACGGUUGCCUACGAGGGCGUCCCUCGCGGCGGCUACGGUGAGGAGUACUUCACUCUUGCUAGCACCUAUUUCAGGGGAAGGCCUCCAAAGUCUGUCAACUUCUACUGGCGACGAUUCGCGCUGGCCGAUAUGCCCCUUGACGACCAAGAGGAGUUCGAUCGGUGGCUACGCGCACGUUGGUAUGAGAAGGAUGAAUUGCUAGAGCAAUACGUUUCCACCGGUCGAUUUCCAGCCAACGGUGCCGGUAUUAAGGGACAUAUCGAAACCGAAGUGCGAACACAGUAUCCGUGGGAGUUCUUGAAGGUUUUCGUCAUGCUCGGGGGUUUCGUGCUAAUAUUCAAGUUCAUCCUGAACAGCAUAAAUCGACUCAUCGGCUUAUAG